GCAGCCCCGGCCCGCGCGCCGCCGUAUAUAAGCGUUGCGGGGUCCUCGGGCGCGGUCCUGUCACGCUCGCACGGGGACGAGGCCGCGGCGGCGAUGGCGGAUUUCGAUCCCUACGACGACCGGGCCUACAGCAGCUUCGGCGGCGGCCGCGGGUCUCGUGGUGGUGGCCUUGGUUCCCGCAGAAAUAAAGAGCUGCCAACAGAACCCCCUUUCACAGCUUAUGUGGGAAAUCUGCCCUUCAACACUGUCCAAGGAGACAUAGAUGCCAUUUUCAAGGAUCUCAGCAUAAGGAGCGUACGACUAGUCAGAGACAAGGAAACAGACAAAUUUAAAGGAUUUUGUUACGUAGAGUUCGAUGAGGUGGAGUCACUCAAGGAAGCUCUUACAUACGAUGGUGCACUUUUGGGUGACCGAUCACUCCGAGUGGACAUAGCAGAAGGCAGGAAACAGGAUAAAGGUGGCUUUGGCUUCAGAAAAGGUGGCGGGCCUGAUGACAGAGGAAUGGGAGGAGGUUCCAGAGAAUCCAGAGGAGGUGGAUGGGAUUCCAGAGAUGACUUCAAUUCUGGAUUCAAAGAUGAUGACUUCUUGGGAGGUCGGGGUAGAGGAACCCGCCCUGGAGACCGGCGGCCGCCAGGUGCCUCCAUGGGAAGUGGUGGCACCGGUCGCUUCAGAGAUGGGCCUCCCCUUCGUGGGUCUUCCAUGGACUUCAGAGAGCCAACAGAAGAGGAAAGAGCACAGCGACCCCGGCUCCAGCUCAAACCUCGAACAGUCGAUACUCCCCUCAAUCAAGUAGCCAAUCCAAACUCUGCCAUCUUUGGAGGAGCCAAGCCCCGGGAGGAAGUAGUAAAAGAACACGACUGAGUUUGGGGUUGAGAGGGAAUGGGGAGGCGGGAGAAAAAGCAAGACAGUACAGAGUGACUAGCUCUGCUGGAAUGUCAACCCUGCAGUUUACCAUUCCUGCCAUCUGGUAUUUGUCCUCUUUGAAACCUAAAACACAGAGCUUGUGAAUGCAUGUCAGCUGUUAACAAGUGGUUUUUAGUACGUUCUUGGCUUUGCUGUAUCUAGUGCCUGCUUCGUGCUGAGUUUCCCUCUUCUGUUUCCUUCCAAGCAGCACAGUUGCCAGUAGAUAAGGCAUUGUGGCUGCUUCCACAAGUGUGGAGGUCUCUGGACAAAGGUGCUGCUUCACUUCUUCCUUUCUGGGUUUGUUUUACUUUAGAAGCACAGGUUAGACUUAGUUAUUUCCCUGUAUUGUUUCCUUUUACUUCCUCAGUGUUCCUCUUCUGACUUGCAUGUCUCGUUCUGUAUUGCUGUGGCUCUGAAGAGGAAAACUGAAGAGUCCAGAUGAGUUGAACAGAAAUUUACAGUUCUAACCAAGUAGUGAAAUACCAUUUAUGACAAUUGGUGAUAGUCACUGUUCACAGCAGAGCCCCUUAUUAAGCUAAGGGGGGCAGCUGCCCUUUCACAUGGGUUGCCAGGAAGGAUCAAUUUAAUGGAUGCCUUGCCUGACAGGCCUGGUGAAUAGCUGGUGGAAUCAGUAUGGAUAAAGCCUCUGCCAGCAGCCUCUUCCUGCUGGCUCUUGACUUCCAAAUGGUAUGAUGCUACUACAACUCUGAGCUCAAGGUUAGUGCUGCAAAGCCAUGCCUGUUUGAGCACAACUGCUCACUGGCUCUUUCUGCUUACUUUUUUGGGUUUUACAUGUUUGGUAAAUUUUUAAAUGAAGUUUCUACAAAUAAAAUUGACUUUUUUAUUUUUGUUGAAGGAGUGUAUACUUUGCCAUGCAGUAUUUGAUCGUCACUAUCCCCUGUAUUUCUUUGCCCAGUGGGGUACAGUUUUAGGACCUCAGCUUUCAGAAUACCCUGAAAAUGGGCAGAUUAGAAAUCUUUCUGCUAUAGAUUCUCAUGUAGAAGUUUGGGUAAAAAGCAUCUCUUGUUACUCCACCUCUCUUCCCUUGAAAUGUUUUUGUCAGUGUUGUGUGGGAGGAGGGAGGGGAGGCUGAAGCAAAAGGAGAAAUCAUUAAUUUUGAAAACCAAAACCUGGUUCUACCACACUGCAGUUUGGACAUGUCCAGUGUAUGGGAAAAGCUUGGGCCCAUAUUGCCAGUGCUGAGAGCCUUCAGAUAAAGCAGCCAGCACCCCAGAGUUCUUGCAAGAGGAGGUUGGAAGCACGGCUGCCCCACUACCAGCACCACUGCUAGCGAUGAAUUUCUUCCCUAAGGUUCCCAUUGUAAGUCAGAGUCCCAGCAAUUUACAGAACUGCUCUUUCCUUCUUUCUGCCUUUCACUUAAUCUGCUUCUGAGAUAAGAACCAUUUGUCUAACACUAAUACUUAAUUUAAGACAGACAUGCAUUUGUGUGGUUGUAUUCCAAACCAAUAAUUGAUCUAUUUACAUCUUCAAUGUGGAAAAGAUUUUAAAAACAAAUUCCCAUCUAAAAAACUCACUUCUAGUCAAGACAGUUGACUUUUAAAUGUAAAAACAAAGAAAAAAAAAAAAAGAAUUCCAAACACUUAGCACAUUCUGCUUCAUAACAAAAUAAAUUUAUGGAUAUGGUAUUUUGUGAAUGAUCUUUUAAAUAAAAGAAAACAUUAAGUAAUAUUUAA